AUGUCUGCUAUCAACUGGUCUAAUCUUGGGUUUGAUAUUAUCAAGCCUCGCUCUCAUAUUGAAUAUGUCUACACUGAUGGUGUUUGGGACAAGGGUGCUCUUGUUUCCAGCACGGACAUCACUUUGAAUAUGUGGGCUACUGCUCUACAUUAUGGCCAGUCUUGCUUUGAAGGGUUGAAGGCUUUCCGGAUGAAGGAUGGAAAGAUUCGAGUAUUCAGACCCAAUCUAAAUGCUGCUCGCAUGCAACUCUCUUGUCAUGCACUGUCCAUGGCUGCACCACCCACCGAUCUCUUUCUUGAAGCAAUCAACAGAGUUAUUCAAGACAACCUUGACUUGGUUCCUCCCUAUGGCCACAGCGGAUCGCUCUACAUCCGUCCAUACGUGAUUGGAUCUGGAGCCAACAUUGCUCCAUCACCACCUAAAGAGUUCAAGUUUAUUGUUCAAGUGAAUCCUGUAGGUGAUUACUAUGCUAACGGGUUCAAUCAUCCUGUCAAGACUAUUGUUCAGUACGGAUUUGAUCGGGCUGCACCAAAUGGCACUGGACAUAUCAAGGCUGGUGGCAAUUAUGCUCCUUGCAUGGGUCCAACUGCUCAAGCUAAAAAAGAUGGCUACACACUGAAUUUAUUCAUGGAUGCCAAGACUCGACAGUACAUUGAAGAGUUUGCUACAUCAAACUUUGUAGCAUUAACCAAGGCAGAUGCUUGUGGAAAGAGAACAUAUGUCACUCCUCGAUCCACUAGUAUUCUUGGAUCAAUUACUAACCGAUCCUUGUCGGAAAUAGCAGUCAAGAUAUUUGGGUGGUCAGUUGAGCGUCGUAAUAUAUCUUGGGAGCAGCUAAAACAAGGUGAUUUUGAUGAAGUGGCAGCCUGUGGUACGGCAGUUGUGAUCACACCUAUUGGCAUCAUUGAUCGAGAGGUUCCUAUAAACACAGUUGAGCAUGAAGCAGAAAUCAAAAGGUGUUCCAACGAAACUGAGCUGGAUGCACUAUGGGAUGAUACAUCCAAGACCGUGGCUUUGCAAAUCGAAAGUAUAAAGAUUGACAGUGAUUUUUCUGGGUUUGGAUCUAUGCUCAAGGUGUACCGCCAAAUUCAAUCUGGCGACUAUGAUGGAUGGGAGAAGCUGGGUUGGAUGCUUCCCGAGUCUGGGUUGUAA